AUGGAAGAGCAAAACCAGACGGGAGCGGUGUGCUUCCACUUCCGCCCCUUCUCAACAGACCCGACAGUGGCUUCCCUCAUAUUCGUGGCCUUCUUGCUGCUGUACUUAGGAAGCCUCACUGGGAACAUCACCAUUGGGCUCACAGUCUGGCGAGAUCCCUCUCUCCGCACCCCAAUGUACUUCUUCCUUUUUGCACUGGCCAUGCUGGAGAUUGCCCACGCCACCAACAUUGCUCCCCUGACUCUGGCUGGUGUCCUUUCCAUGGGGAAGCUGCUUCUCUCUCUCCCUGGCUGUGGGGCUCAGAUGUUCUUCUUCAUCCUUCUCGGAGGAUCUGACUGUGUCUUGCUUGCUGUCAUGGCCUAUGACAGGUACGUGGCCAUCUGUCAUCCACUGCAUUACAGCCGCAUCAUGAGCUGGCAGCUCUGUGGGAGGAUGACUUUAGGUUCUUUUGGGCUGGGAUUCCUGUUGGCAUUGCCUUUGACCAUUCUGAUCUGCCACCUUCCAUUCUGUGGCCACAACGAAAUCUACCACUUCUUCUGUGACAUGCCUGCAGUUAUACGCCUGGCCUGUGCAGACACUCGCGUGCAUGAGGCAGCCCUCUAUGUCAUCGGUGUGGCCGCUGUGGCCAUCUCCUUCCUCCUUAUCUGCGUCUCCUAUGGCUGCAUCGUGGCCACCAUCAUGAGGAUGAACUCAGCCUCGGGAAAGCGCCGGGCCUUCUCCACUUGUUCCUCCCACAUCAUGGUGGUUCUCUUGCAGUAUGGAUGUUGCACCCUCAUCUACCUUCGCCCCAGCUCCAGCUACUCCCCAGAAGAGGGCCGGGCAUUGUCUGUUGUCUACACCUUUUUCUCACCAGUGCUGAACCCUUUGAUCUACAGCAUAAGGAAUCAAGAAGUGACCGAUGCAGUGAGGAGACUCGUGGCAGGAAUGUGUUGGUUCAGGGAGCCAGAACUAUUCCUUCCUUGA